AUGACUACCGACGAGUUAAUCGACCAUGUUCAAAAGAAACUAGAGGAGACAGAUGCCAGAUUAACCACAAAAAUGUUUCACGUCAAUGGAACUCUUCAGCGCUUGGGAAGAAGAGUCCUUCCAAGGGGAGAACUCCUGUACCUCUGGCUGACCCUGGAAUUGGAAUCGAAUGAAAUGCCCGAGGAGUAUCAAAAGAAUAACGAUGUAUUCGUCAAAACCUUUUACGAACGACUGGAGAUAAAGAAAAAAGGGUGGAGAGUUUGCGACCAAAGAAUCUUUUAA